CCCUCAGCUCAUUUCCAGUCCCUCACCUUCUCCUGAUAUGCCACCUUUCUCUGCCUCGCUUCUUUCUAACACUGUGGAGAGAGACUGGGAUGGUGAAAAGGGAGUGACCUUCAAGGUGCGGGCACUUUUUCACUGGCAAGGACAGGCCAGUAGGGGGCACUGUGUCACACUUCAUGCUUUUAAAGAGACAGAGGAACAAAGAGCUACAUGUUUAACUCAGCCUCUGGGGGGAUUUUGCAUGGUGACCCUGAAGCUGCCACAGGGCUGGAUUGAAAUGGGUCAGAGUGCUUCAUCAUACCCGAGACAGUCCCACAAAUCAAAGCAACUGCACAGACAAAGAUACCGCGGUAAACGGCUCCGGGAGCACGCCAGCCGCACUGUACCUCACAUUCAGCUGUACUGCUCCUCCCCUGGGUCAGUUUCAGACUUUAAGCAGAGCCCUGCAUGCUUGAAGGAGAAAUGGGAGCCGUCUCAGAAAAGGCUGUAUUACCUUGGCGCACUGGCCGUGGGAGGCAAGGCCUGGGUGAGGAACCUGACAAGAGAACACUUAAGAUGCUCAAAUGGAGCAGAGGAGGAGCUAAGGCUGGAUCCCAAUGUUCUGAUUGGCUACCAGAAAGGCCCGGUACAUGGCAGUCAGCAAGUCCAAGUUUCCAUUAGCCUGAUGUCAAAUUUCACUGGAGAUUUAGUGAUUAUAAGGAUGAAAGUGAAGAAAGGGCUUUUAUCUCUGAGGGCACAACAGGCUCUGACUUCUGACCUUUGGGCUAUUACUCUGGAGAUGAAUGCAGCUCCCUCACAUGACACUGUCUCAAUAAUUUGUCAUAAACUGAACAGACGCAGAGGCAGUUACAGUCCUACUGUUCAUCAACAAGUGGCCUGUCUUUCUGUGGAGGGCUUGCGCAAGCACUUUGGUGUUGUCAUGUCAGUCACUGCUCACUGGUGGGUGGAGUACUCUGGCCGCAGUUACCCCCUGCCACCACAUAGGGCAGUGGUGAGCACAUUCUUCUUCAGUGACUGGGAAAUUGUAGGUAUUGCUCCAAUAUCUAAGAGCCGCACAAUCAUUAACACUGCAAUUCUGAGCAGCCAACCCGUCUCACUUCCUAUCACUGUCCUGGCCGUGUCAAGAGAUGGAGAUGCGUCUGAUAUCACCGCUGCUGUAACAUGUCAUUCCACUAAUGACAACAUUGUUAAGGUGUCAGCUAACUGUUCAGCCAUCUUUGUUGAUGGAAGUGAAUCAGGAGUGGGAAACGUUUGUGUGGAGGUCAAGUUCUUCCUGGGCACUUUGAGUGGGGCCCUCUGUCUGACAGUGUGGGCUCCUGUUAUUCCACUCCUCAUUUCACUGUCGGACCCAGUACUCAGUGCCAUCGAGGGGUGGAGUUCCUAUACUGCCAUGGGGUGCGCUCCCAUCUACCAGAGGUCUACAGUCCAGGUUUUGGCUCAGUUUGCUGCCAAGGCUGUGGUUAACACAGGUCAUCUGACCUACAUGCUGGGGUCGCCAGACUGGUUUAUGGACGUGACUGAACUGGUUGGUGACUGGCUGAAAGUGCGAGAUCCACAGGUGGCUUGCCUUGAUCUACAGCAUAAUCUGAUUGGUCUACAGCCUGGAGUCACAUCACUGCAGGUCAUUUCACGCCAGUGGGAUGGUGUGCUGGCGAGCUGUGAUGUCACUGUGACGGACGACAGCGUGAUCCCUGGGGACCUUUCUGUGCAGGUGGUGGGGGGGCUUGGCCUGUCUGUGUAUGAGAACCCUGGCCAUGCCUCCAUAGUCAGCGCAGUGGUGAGAGCACACAGUACACUGUACCGCCAUGGCCAGGAAGCUUCGCUCAGUGUUUGGCUUCACUUCAGCGACCGCACUGCUGCACCGCUCGCCGCCUUUGCCGACGCGCCCUCCUCCCUGCGCCUGUCCGCUCUCUCUGAAUCUGUGGUCACAUUGAUAGCGGCUCAAUCCCAUCAGGUUGUAGCUCGGGGCAACGGCGAAGGCCCACUCUUAAAGGCAGAGCUCCUAGUUUCGACUUGUCAGCCAACAUCCACUGCAACUGAGAGGCAGAUGCUGGACCUAAGGGAAGGUACUGCAAUGAGAAGCUUGGCUGGGGGCUCCGCUUGGCUUAGGGUGACUUUGGACUCCAGAUUCCGACCAAUGGAGAGUGAGGACCCGGAUUCAACCAUGGUGGGAAUAUCUGAAGUGCUUUUGGAAUUUGACAAGGACUUUUCUAAUGCUUUGGGAGACAACUCUUCACAGCAUUAUAAUGGCUAUAAUGGUAGCUUGAAAAUUGAGAGGGAGCAAGAAGUUUUACCUGCAAACCAUGAGCAGAGUGGCGUUUACUCUUCCUCUGGGGCAGGAAUGGGAGAGAGUGAGUCUGAGAUGGGAGUUGCUGUGGUCCUCUUGCUGUUUGUUCUGUCAGCUUUUCUUUUUCUGGUGAACUGCCUGCCUUGCACAUUGAGGCAAAGGAUGAGGAGGUCACACCGGGGCAUGGAAGCUGAUGGAGUGAAGGGGCCGGAGGAUGAGGAGGUCACACCGGGGCAUGGAAGCUGAU